AUGGGCUGGUACGUCCUUGACAAGUACUACAAAUCUUCCGACAAAGCUCCCGCCUACACUACUGCUCUCCUCCUCCACCCUAUGCGGCGUAAAAAGUAUAUCGACCUUAAUUGGGAUCCAUCUUGGUGUGGGCCAGCCCUCAAAGCUGCCAGGGAAAUCUGGGCAAAGUACAAAGAUCUGCCACUUGAAGAAAAUGUAGGUGACAAGGUGGACGAUAGCCGUGAGCUCUCAGAGUUUGACAAGCUUGCGCAAGAGCUUGAUGUCACUGAGGACGACAAUGAGGAUGAAUUUGAGAAGUUCGUAACAGCAUCGCCACAUAAGAUCACUUGCUCCCCUUUACAAUGGUGGUGUAAAGAAGAACAGAGACUAGAGUACCCUCGUCUCCACAAAAUGGCCAUUGACAUCCUCUCCAUCCCACCAAUGUCAGACGAGGCAGAACGUGUCUUUUCAGGUGUUAGACGUACCAUUUCUUGGGAUAGGGCAAGGCUAGGUGCUUGGAUUGUGGAGAUGACAGAGCUUUUGGGGAAUUGGAAUAAGAAUGAUCUUAUUCGAGUUCUGCAUGUACUAGCAGGCGAAGAUGAUGAAGUUAUUAAUCUUUCAGCGACCGGCGGCAAUGACAUUGACAUCUUCGACUGUGACAACUCGUCAGAGUAA